AUGGGUAAAAAGUGGCGAUAUGGUGUCAUUCUCGACGCCGGUUCCUCGGGCACGCGACUGCACAUUUACAGGUGGCAAGAUCCAGCAAAGGCAAGGAAACACGCUACAAAGGAAGAUCUUCAGAGCCUCCCGCAACUCGAGACGAAAGACAAAUGGACCAAGAAGACGAGACCUGGAAUUUCCACAUUUGGUACCAAGCCCAACGAUGUCGGACCCGACCACCUGCAAGACUUGAUCGACCACGCGUUGAAGUAUGUGCCCAAGAAAAAGCAGCAGGACACACCCGUGUUUCUGAUGGCUACUGCCGGCAUGCGGCUUUUGCCUGAGAUGCAGCAAAAAGCUCUUUUGAAGGAGACGUGUACAUAUUUGAGGCAGAACACGGAAUUUGCGCUUCCCGACUGCGACCUGCACAUCCAGGUGAUUCCUGGAGAAACAGAGGGAUUGUACGGCUGGGUUGCAUCCAACUACCUACUCGGCGGCUUCGAUAACCCCCAGAAUCACCACCAUGGCAAGGGACAUCAUACGUACGGCUUCCUGGACAUGGGUGGCGCCUCUGCCCAGAUCGCCUUUGCCCCGAAUGCGACCGAAGCGGAGAAGCAUGCGAACGACCUCAAGCGACUGCGACUGCGGACUUUGGAUGGCCAGGCAUCCGAAUACAAGGUUUUCACGGCGACGUGGCUGGGAUUCGGCGUCAACCAAGCCAGGCAGUCAUACGUCAAGGGAUUAUUGGAAGGAGCAAGCGCUGACGCCUCUGAGAUUCCGGAUCCUUGCAUGCCGAAAGGCCUCAGGACAACCCCCACAGGCGAGAUCAUCGAAGAUGCCACCGGAAACAACAACCGCACCCUCAUCGGCACAGGCAUGUUCAAAGAAUGCCAGGUCAAGACGCAUCCGCUGCUCGGCAAGGAUGCACCGUGCAACGAUCACCCCUGUCUUUUGAACGGCCAACACGUGCCAGCGAUCGAUUUCGAGGUCAACCAUUUCGUUGGUGUGUCAGAAUACUGGCACACAACCCACGGUGUGUUUGGCAAAGGCGACAAGGCCUAUGACUUUGCAACAUACCAAAAGAAGGUUCAGGACUACUGUACUCAGGAUUGGGAUUCCAUCGAAUCUCAGCUCGAGCCGCGGAAGAAGCACAGUGCAAAGAACGCGCAAGAGGCAUGUUUCAAGGCCGCCUGGUUGAUGAACGUUCUCCAUGAGGGCAUUGGAAUCCCGAGGGUGGGAUUGGAACACACUCCCAAAGUCAAUGUCUCAAAGGGCGCUCUAGAAAACGCCAAAGAGAAGGGAUUCAUUGAUCCGUUCAAGGCCGUUGACCAGAUUGAUGGCGUCGAGGUCAGCUGGACUCUGGGCAAAAUGUUGUUAUACGCUGCCGGCCAGGUCCCUCCACCCAAGGCGAUGCAGGCCCAAGCUCUUCCUGUCGGCUUUGGAAGCAACGUUGAUGGAGUGCCGCCCGACUUUAACUUUGCAGGCUCAAGCUGGACUCCGGUCAAGCAUGAAGACGAUGAUCUUGAUGACGAUUGGACAGAGGACAUUGUCGACAAGGUCAAAUCCUCCAAGUCGACCUCUAGCUUCCUUAUAUUCGUUCUGGUUCUCUUGAUACUCGGCUACUUUUUGCGGAAAAGGGAACGGAGGAUGCGACUCUGCUCCAAGGUAAACGGCAUAUUCCGGCGCUCGCGGAAGCCUGGCAGCCCUAGGAAAGUCUCGCGCGGACUGGCGGGCCUUAGAAACAAGUUCUUUGGGCGGACUUCCUCGGCCAGCUACGAGAGGAUACUGGAAGAUGGCGACGCCGAGCAAUUCGCCCUCGGGGAUGUCGACUCGGAUGUUAGCGAUGGUUCGGACAGCUCGGACAGCGGAUCCUCAUCCUCUCGUCGUAUUUUGACAACCGGUGGCGGCCGAUCGUCAGGGCUCGCCACUCCUAAGAUGAAUGUCGAGAUGUUUGACGACAGCAACCGAUCAGUCUCUGCCAUUGAUAGAAGUGGCUUGGUUGUUCGCACAGAGAGCCGCGAGAGGCUCGUGCCAAAUCUCCAAAUGUCUAAUGCCGGCCGACGAAGUCGAACUGGCAGUCCGACAAGGAUGAAAAGCCCCUUGGCCUCUACAUUCCAGCAUGAUUGA